UGCUGGCGGGGAUCGGGUGGCGGUUCGGCUCUCCCGGGCCUCGUCGGGCCUUGGACGCCUGCGCUCUGGCGGCCUUGCAUGGCGAGGUGACCUCUGGUUGCCGCUGCCUGUCCUUCGGCCAUGCCCCUGGUCGGUUGGCGACGCCCUGGCUUGGGAGCCAGGGACUGGCAGCUGAACCACCUCCUGUCUGUGUUUGUCACCACCGGGCCGGAGGCUUCUGGACCCUUCGUGGGGCUCCUGAUGGUGUCGUUCAUUCGACUACUGACUCAGCUUAUCAAAUGAUGGUGCUCGGAAAGAUUUCGAGGCAACUCUGCAGCUUAAAGAAAAUCCCACGGUCAUGUGACUCCAGAUACUUCUGGGAAUGGUUGAAUACAGUGUUUAAUAAAGUAGAUCAUGAACGCAUCAGGGAUGUUGGCCCUGACAGGGCAGCAUCUGAGUGGCUACUUCGGUGUGGGGCCAAAGUACGCUUCUGUGGCCACCAGAAGUGGCUAGCGGACUACAACAACCUCCCAGGAGGCUCCGUGGACAGAUACAAGAUCCAAGCAAUUGAUGCCACCGAUUCCUGUAUCAUGGACAUUGGAUUGGAGCACAUGGAGGGCCUCGAGCAUGUUGAGAAAAUCACACUGUGCAAGUGCCAUUACAUUGAAGACCACUGUUUGCAGAGGCUCAGUCAACUUGAAAAGUUACGAAAAAGCCUGUUGGAAAUGGAAAUAAUUGCCUGUGGGAAUGUCACAGACAACGGCAUCAUUGCUUUGCGACAUUUUAGGAACCUCAGGUAUUUGUUCUUAAGUGAUCUUCCUGGAGUGAAAGAUAAAGACAGUCUUGCCCAAGUCUUCAAGACAGCACUGCCUGCUCUAGAGCUGAAAUUAAACCUGAAGUAAAAUAAGUCUGUGCUCUCCGUUUAAAGCGCCAUUUGAAAGUGCUAAUGGUCAAUAGCCGCAAACACGACCUAGCCACCCGCAGGACUGAGAGACGGUUUGGGAGUGGAGACUGGAUAUUAGCUGGAAAGCAAAUGUGUAAACGUGACUCGCUAAAGUUACUUAGUUGGAAGUGAGAAAUUAUGUACAUUGGAUCACUUUAAAAAUUACAGCAUAAGCCGGGUGGUGGUGGCGCACACCUUUAAUCCCAGCACUCGGGAGGCAGAGGCAGGCGGAUCUCUGUGAGUUCGAGGCCAGCCUGGUCUACAAGAGCUAGUUCCAGGACAGGAACCAAAAG